CAGACUCCAACUCCAGCACCAUGAACGUGUCCUUUGCCUACCUCCACUUUGCAGGCGGUUACCUGCCCUCUGACUCCAAGGACUGGAGGAUCACAGUUCUGGCUCUCUUGGUGGCUGUCUGCCUGGUGGGCUUCGUGGGAAACCUGUGUGUGAUUGGCAUCCUCCUACACAGUGCUUGGAAAGGAAGGUCAUCUAUGAUCCAUUCUCUGAUUCUGAAUCUGAGCCUGGCUGAUCUCUCCCUCCUGCUAUUUUCUGCACCGGUCCGAGCGAGGGCAUACUCCAAAGCCGUCUGGGACCUAGGCUGGUUUGUCUGCAAAUCCUCAGACUGGUUCAUCCACACAUGCAUGGCAGCCAAGAGCUUGACAAUCAUAGCAGCAGCCAAAGUGUGCUUCAUGUACACACGCAACCCGGCCAAGCAAGUGAGUAUUCACAACUGCACCAUCUUGUCCAUAGUGGUGGUCAUCUGGUCUGCGGCCAGCCUCCUAGCUCUGCCUGAAUGGUUUUUUAGCACCACCAGACAUCACGCAGGUGUGGACAUGUGCAUCAUGGAUGUGCCUGCUGUAGCUGAAGACUUCAUGUCUAUGUUUGGUAAGCUCUACCCUCUCCUGGUAUUUUGCCUUCCAUUACUCUUCGCCAGCUUUUAUUUUUGGAAAGCUUAUAGCCAAUGUCAGAAACGAACUAAAACUCAGAAUCUCAGAAAUCAGAUCCGCUCGAAACAACUCACAGUAAUGUUACUGAGCAUUGCAAUCACCUCCGCAAUUCUGUGGCUGCCCGAAUGGACAGCAUGGCUGUGGGUAUGGCAUCUCAAGGCUGGAGGUCCAAGCCCACCACAAGGCUUCAUAGCCCUGUCUCAAGUCCUAAUGUUUUCCAUCUCUUCAGCAAAUCCCCUGAUUUUUCUUGUCAUGUCAGAAGAGUUCAGGGAAGGCUUGAAAGGUUUAUGGAAAUGGAUGAUGACCAAAAAUCCUCCAACUGCCUCAGAGUCUCAGGAAACAGCCGCUGGCAACCCAGAGGUCCUUCCUAGCAAUGUCCUAUCUCUUCCAUCCCAAAUCCUUACUCCAGAGAAAGAGAAACCUGGCUCGCUCUCUUCUGGAAAAGAGAAUGCUGAGAAGGGAGAGAUUCCUGUUCUCCCUGAUGUGGAACAGUUUUGGCAUGAGAGGGACUCAGUCCCUUCUGCACAACAGAAUGACCCUAUCCCCUGGGAACAUGAAGAGCAAGAGACAGGGGACUGUGAUAAAUAG